CCCGCAAUCUUUGAAUGGCCGUUGCAGGCCCGUAGCAUCAGCAACCUGCAAGGUCAAAACAAUUACUGGAACAUGCACUUUACGAUAUUUAAUACUGCAGUCUCGUCGGACGCUACGCUGUCGUCAAAAGAUCGACGGGGCGUUGUCACAAGUGUUUACAAUACAUGUUAAAAGGUUCCUGACACUUCACGGGUAGUGUAUUGACCUCUGACACGAAUUACCGGCGGUGAAAGAAAUAAAAACAUCAGGGAAUGGAUCGCUUCAGUGACGUGCCUAGUGUUAAGACUAAGGACCUUGUUUUAAACGACGAUUUGGAAUUUUGGAUGACCAGACUCCCGCCAUAUCUCAAGACAAUACCCAUAAUACAUCUUGCUAUUCCCGGUUCCCACAACACAAUGACGUACACAAUAAAUCGUUUCAACGACGUAGGACCCGACGAGCCCCGUUACCUCCGUUUUCUGGGUCGUUAUGUCUCCCUGCUGUCGAAACCGUUGAUAUUCAACUGGUCGGUGACCCAAUAUGAUGGGAUAAAGGCCCAGUUGACUGGGGGAGUUCGUUACCUGGAUCUGCGUCUGGCAACGAAACCCAACGAUCACCAGAUUUAUUUUCUUCACGGUCUCUACGGAGACACCGUUCCCCCACACCUCAAGGACAUUUCCGAUUGGUUAAAGGAGCACCCAGAAGAGGUGGUGAUACUAGACUUCCAGCACUUCUACUCAUUCAACCUGAAUAAUCACAGAAGUCUUGUGGGCAUCAUAAAGAAUAUCUUCGGGAGGAAGAUGUGCCCAGUUUCUGGGCUCCUGCCAAGCAUCAGCAUCGACUGGAUGAUCAGCAGGGGCUACCAGGUGAUCGUCAUCUACAGAAAUGAAAUCGCCAGGAUCGAGAGGGACGUGUGGCCCUCGGGACUGUGGCCGACCCCCUGGCCCAACACCACUGACAGUACUGAGCUGAUUGCCUUCUUGGAGUCGAGGUUGAAAACUAGAAUACCAGACGCAGGGUACGUCUCUCAGUGCCUGCUGACCCCUGACACCAAGUACGUUGUCAGACAUCUCUGUGGAAGUCUUCACAGGGAUUUGGCAAGCAAGUGUCGGGGUGUUACGAUACCCUGGGUGGAGGAACACCAGCCGGGACCGGGAAAAUUGAACAUUGUCAUCACUGAUUAUGUUUCUUUCAAUAAUUUCGAAUUUUGUAGAGUUGUUAUUCAGAGGAAUAGGGAACUGCUGAGACAUUCGUUGUCGCCAUAUUGGAGAUAGUGUUGAUUUUUUUAUAGGGAGAGGGGGAAUGGAUGGAGAUGGACGUUUGGAUUUGCAUGGGACAAAUCUGAGAGAUUCGAUAGAAUUUUUUGGUUGCUAUGAAUCUCUCGCAAUAGACAUGCCUGAAGGGUCAGACAAGUUCAAGAUUUUGUUCGAAACUCUCAAACGCAUUUCCUGGCUUGUAAAACAUUUGUUUAUUUUAUGUACAAUAAAUUAUGGAUUUUAUUUAA